AUGACCUACGCCGGAGAACAUUUCGACGGGGUUGAGCUCUCAAUUCCGAGUCCUGGCUCGCCACCCGCUAUGACUUCAUCGACUAUCACCUCAAGAGCGUCAUCUGUACGCUCCUUCAAUUCCGACGAGGCCGACGACGGUAUCGCGGCAAACGUGGCCAACUUCGAAGAAAUCGGUCUAGACGACGAUUCGAUUGAUGCCUCCCACUUCCGCGAAACUCAGGCCAAGUCGCCUCCAAACCCCUAUAGUGCCAGCUUCGCCUCCGAUAUUCGCGCCGCGUCCGCGAAGCACGUUGGCCCCAAGAUUCAUCCACAGGCCCGCGAGAUAGCCCGUGCGCGGCCACAGCGUCCGAUCCCUCUCCCCGGGUCUCGCCCUGGGCCCCCUACCCUAACUGCACAGUUUAAAGACACGAGCACGCGUAGCCUGAGUACGGGCAUAGGAGCAGAACCUCAAUCUAACCGGUUACCCAUACACGGGCUCUCGGUACGAUCUGCUUCGUCGUCAAAUGCGGGACGCCGGCGUCGAAGCCCGAGCCCCAAUGUCUCGGCUCGGUCGCUGAGCCCUCGAGAUGCCGUCGGAUUGGCACCAAGGCCGCAGCGGCGUAGCUGGCAGUGGAGUCGCGAAGUGAAAUCGGCAAUCGAUCUGGAGAAGGAGUGUGACGACGACGACGACGACGACAUUCCUGAUGGUCUCAUCCUUGAUAAUGUCCCAUUAUCACCCCGACCUCCGAUGGAGAGAUCGGCUAGCCGACCAGGUUCGGCUUCUGCUUCGCCCGAGAGACGGCCAAAGGAACGAGUCCGCAGCGUUGGGAAUGGGACGCCGCCGGUGGCGGUCGAUCAGGGUAGCCUCAAGUCACCAACGUGGAAGAUGGAUUCAUCACCAUUGUCACCGUCAUCUACUGCAGACUCGCUUCAGUCAGCGCUGCCUUCCCCCAUCAAAGGCCGUGCCAAGAGCUGGACUGCAGCUAUUUUGGAACUCAGCCCUGAAGCAAAGGCUCUCACCGAGAAGCUGGAGGAGCAUGCAGAUGAGCUGGAGAAGCACGGCUUGUAUUACUCGACAUAUGGUCGCCCAGCACCCAAGCCGCGGGUGAAAUCGGCCCUGGCUGAACUGCCGCCUCUACGGCGAACCAACGUCAUGAUCGACCCAUUACCUGUUUCCAAGGAGAAGGAGGCUGUACUCUCGCGGACAAGGCCGUCUUGGCUGCCACCGAAGGACCCCGCAGAGGAGAAGAGACAUCUGAGAGAAUAUCAAAGGAUGAUAGCCAAAAGCAUCGAAGCAGACAAGAAACGGGAGGCUAGUCGGAGGGAGAAGGAGCGGAACAAGGAUAUUGCCGCCAAGGCUAUCGUGCAGAUCUGGGAGGACGAGAUCUUGAAGAGGUGGGAUGUCGCUGUGAAUGAACAGCGGACUCGGGAGCUAUGGUGGAAGGGUGUAGCUCCUCGUAGCCGAGCUGCUGUUUGGUCCCGAGCCAUCGGCAACGGGCUGGGGCUGACGGAGGCGUCGUUUCAGGCGGCCCUGACGAGGUCCCGCGAGGUCGAGGGGCGCUGCGUGGCUGGGAAGCCCAAUGCGGAAGACGAACGCAAGAUGGCCUGGUUUGCACAAAUAAAGGCAGACGCCGAGAGAACCUGGGCCGAUCUCAGGAUCUUUCAAGUCGGCGCUCCGUUACACGGGAGCCUGAUCGAUGUCCUUCGUGCAUACACCAUGUACCGGAGUGACAUUGGCUACGUGAGCGGCUGCAAUACGAUCGCGGCGAUCUUGUUGCUUAACCUCGCCACGCCAGCUGCGGCCUUCAUCGCCCUGGCAAAUAUCCUGAACCGUUCCCUCCCGCUCUCCUUUUAUGUCGCCGACCCUGGGGCUAAGGCAUCCGUGUACGCCUUGGUUCUCGAGACUCUGGCUGUAAAGUCUCCGCGACUCCACCAACACCUAAACAAUCCAGAACUCGGCUUACACCCGGACGAGUACCUUCGGGAUAUUUUCACGUCCUGCUUUACGCAGCAUUUAAGUCUUGACGAAUGCACCAGGCUAUGGGAUGUAUAUGUUUUUGAAGGCGAUGCCGUCUUCAUCCGUGCUGGCGUUGCUCUGCUGCUGGAUACCGAGAUGAAACUUCUCGGUGCCAACACGAUAAAGGAAGUACGGGACGUGCUAAGCGGAAGAAGCAAGGCAGACGAACAGGAGAAAGUCGACUCGUGGAUGGCGCGGGUCCGCAGCUCCCGAAAAUCUUUGAAUUCUCUUUCCAGCACAGGAGCAGCCUAA